AGCAAGAUGGGGAUUAUGGCUGUGCUCAUGCUGCCUCUGCUACUUCUGGCAAUCAGUGGGAUCCUCUUCAUCUACCAAGAAGUUUCCAGGCUGUGGUCAAAGUCGGCAGUCCAGAACAAAGUAGUUGUGAUUACUGAUGCCAUUUCAGGGCUAGGCAAAGAAUGCUCUCGACUGUUCCAUACUGGUGGUGCAAGGUUGGUAUUGUGUGGCAAGAAUUGGGAGAAGCUAGAAGUCUUGUAUGAUGCACUUCUUAGUGUAGCAGAUCCAAGCAAGACAUUUACACCAAAGCUGGUCCUCUUGGAUCUGUCAGACAUCAGCUGUGUCCAGGAUGUUGCCAAAGAAAUCUUAGAUUGCUAUGGCUGUGUGGACAUUCUUAUUAACAAUGCAAGCAUGAAAGUGAAAGGCCCUGCACAGAAUAUUUCCCUGGAUCUUGACAAAAAGAUCAUGGAUGUCAACUACUUUGGACCUAUCACAUUGACCAAAGCCCUGCUUCCCAACAUGAUCUCCCGAAGAACAGGCCACAUCAUACUGGUCAGUAACAUUCAGGGGAAAUUUGGAAUUCCACUUCGAACUGCAUAUGCUGCCUCAAAACAUGCUGCCCAGGGAUUUUUUGAUUGUCUCCGAGCAGAAGUGGAAGAAUUUGAAGUGAUUGUCAGUACCGUGAGCCCAACUUUCAUCAGAUCCUACCACACGUAUACGGAGACAGGGAACUGGGAAGCUUCCAUCUGGAAAUUCUUUUUUAGGAAGUUCACCUAUGGAGUCCAUCCUGUAGAAGUAGCUGAAGAAGUGAUGAAGACAAUAAGACGGAAGAAGCAGGAGGUGUUCAUAGCCAACCCCAUCCCCAAGGCUGCCAUCUAUAUUCGCACCUUUUUUCCAGAGUUCUUUUUUGCUGUGGUGGCCUGUGGGAUCAAAGAGAAAUUAAGUGUCCCAGAGGACAGAUAA